AUGAUGAUUUCUAGUGUUGUUCCAACUGCACCAAUCACUCCUCCAAUGGAGGCGACUGGUGACAGAAUGAUUGUCUUGGAAUUGAAAGAUGGUACCGCUUUACAAGGUUAUUCUUUUGGUGCUGAGAAAUCAAUUUCCGGUGAGCUUGUUUUUCAAACAGGUAUGGUAGGUUAUCCGGAAUCUAUCACCGAUCCUUCUUAUGAGGGUCAAAUCUUGGUCAUUACUUUCCCAUUGGUUGGUAAUUACGGUGUUCCUGACCGUAAUUUGAUGGAUGAAUUCGUUGAAUCUAUCCCAAGAUAUUUCGAAAGUAACCGUAUCCACGUUGCUGGUUUGGUUAUUUCUCAUUACACAGAUCAAUACUCGCACUGGUUAGCUAAAUCUUCUUUGGGCCAAUGGUUGAAAGAGGAAGGCAUUCCUGCCAUUUAUGGUGUUGAUACCAGAGCCUUAACAAAGCAUUUAACGGUUUCGGGUUCUAUCUUAGGUAGAUUAUGUCUACAAAAUAGUGGUGCAAGUAACGAAUCUGCAAACACUGAAAAUUGGUCACAAUCAUUCAAUGUCCCAGAAUGGGUUGAUCCAAAUGUAGAAAAUUUAGUUGAAAAAGUUUCAACAAAAGAACCAGUUUUAUAUACCCCCCCACAAGAUAAUAAAUACGUUACUUUACAAAAAACUUCGAAUGGAAAAAUACUGAGAAUUCUAGCUCUAGAUGUCGGUAUGAAGUACAACCAAAUCCGUUGUUUUAUCAAACGUGGUGUUGAACUAAAAGUAGUCCCAUGGAACUAUGACUUCACAAAAGAUGAUGAUUAUGAUGGUUUAUUUAUCUCUAAUGGUCCAGGUGAUCCUGCCGUAUUAACUGAAGUUAUUGAAAAAUUAUCUUAUGUUCUGGAAAAAAAGAAGACCCCAGUUUUCGGUAUUUGUUUAGGUCAUCAAUUGUUAGCAAGAGCUGCUGGUGCCACAACCAUUAAAAUGAAGUUCGGUAAUCGUGGUCAUAACAUUCCUUGUACAUCUUCCAUUAGCGGUAGAUGUUACAUUACUUCUCAAAACCAUGGUUUUGCCGUUGACGUUGAUUCAUUAAAAAAUGGCUGGAAACCAUUAUUCACAAAUGCAAAUGAUGGCUCCAAUGAAGGUAUGUAUAAUGCUCAGUUACCAUAUUUUUCUGUACAAUUCCAUCCUGAAUCUACUCCAGGUCCAAGAGAUACUGAAUUUUUAUUUGAUGUAUUUAUUCAAUCUGUAAAAGAGCAUAAAGAAAGUGGUAUAUUAAAGGCUGUCGAAUUCCCAGGUGGCAAACUAGAAGACAACUUAAAGGCUCAUCCAAGAGUUCAACCAAAGAAGGUUUUAGUUUUAGGUUCUGGUGGUUUAUCAAUUGGUCAAGCUGGUGAAUUUGACUAUUCCGGUUCUCAAGCUAUUAAAGCCUUAAAAGAGGAAGGUAUUUACACAAUUUUAAUUAAUCCAAAUAUUGCUACUAUUCAAACAUCUAAAGGUCUAGCCGACAAAGUCUAUUUCUUACCAGUCACUGCCGAAUUUGUCCGUAAAGUUAUUUUACAUGAACGUCCAGAUGCAAUUUAUGUGACCUUUGGUGGUCAAACGGCCUUAUCCGUCGGUAUUGAAUUGAAAGAUGAGUUUGAAACUUUAGGUGUUAAGGUUUUAGGUACUCCAAUUGAUACUAUUAUUACAACAGAAGAUCGUGAACUAUUUGCCAAGGCAAUUGAUGAAAUCAAUGAAAAAUGUGCUAAAUCUAAGGCCGCCAACUCAGUGGAUGAAGCUUUAGCAGCAGUUAAAGAUAUUGGCUUCCCAGUUAUUGUUCGUGCUGCUUAUGCACUAGGUGGUUUGGGUUCAGGUUUUGCAAACAACGAAAAAGAACUAGUAGAUUUAUGUAACGUUGCUUUCGCUUCCUCACCACAAGUUUUAGUCGAAAGAUCCAUGAAAGGUUGGAAAGAAGUUGAAUAUGAAGUUGUUCGUGAUGCAUUUGAUAAUUGUAUCACUGUCUGUAACAUGGAAAAUUUUGAUCCUUUAGGGAUUCAUACUGGUGAUUCUAUCGUUGUUGCUCCAUCUCAAACUCUGUCGGAUGAGGACUAUAACAUGUUAAGAACAACCGCUGUUAAUGUUAUUAGACAUUUAGGUGUUGUUGGUGAAUGUAACAUCCAAUAUGCCCUAAACCCAUUUUCUAAGGAAUACUGUAUCAUUGAAGUUAAUGCUCGUCUUUCUAGAUCUUCAGCUUUGGCCUCAAAGGCAACUGGUUAUCCAUUAGCUUACACAGCUGCUAAAUUGGGUUUAAAUAUCCAAUUAAAUGAAAUUAAAAACUCAGUCACUAAGAAGACCUGUGCUUGUUUUGAACCAUCUUUAGAUUACUGUGUUGUUAAAAUGCCUCGUUGGGACUUGAAAAAAUUCAACAGAGUCUCAACCGAAUUAUCUUCUUCCAUGAAAUCUGUCGGUGAAGUAAUGAGUAUUGGUAGAACAUUUGAAGAAGCAAUUCAAAAAGCUAUUAGAUCAACUGAAUAUGCUAACUUAGGUUUCAAUGAAACUGAUAUGGAUAUUGAUAUUGAUUAUGAAUUAAAUAACCCAUCUGAUUUACGUGUUUUUGCAAUUGCAAACGCCUUUUCAAAACUAGGCUAUUCUGUUGAUAAAGUGUGGGAACUAACUAGGAUUGAUAAAUGGUUUUUGAAUAAAUUAUACAAUUUGAUUCAAUUUGGUAACAAUAUUACAUCUUUCAAUACCAUAGAAAACUUGCCAUCUUUAGUUUUGAAGGAAGCUAAACAAUUAGGUUUUGAUGAUAGACAAAUUGCUAAAUUUUUGGGCUCAAAUGAAGUUGCUAUUCGUCAUUUGAGAAAAGAAUAUGGUAUUACACCAUUUGUUAAACAAAUAGAUACAGUUGCUGCUGAAUUUCCAGCUCAUACUAACUAUCUAUAUAUUACUUAUAAUGCUUCUUCUAAUGAUGUAACUUUCGAGGACAAUGGUGUUAUGGUAUUAGGUUCAGGUGUUUACCGUAUUGGUUCAUCAGUUGAAUUCGACUGGUGUGCUGUUACAGCUGUAAGAACCUUACGUGCUAACAACAUUAAGACUAUUAUGAUUAAUUAUAACCCUGAAACAGUUUCAACCGAUUAUGAUGAAGCUGAUAGAUUAUAUUUUGAAACCAUUAAUUUAGAGCGGGUAUUAGAUAUCUAUGAGAUUGAAUCGUCAAGUGGUGUUCUUGUUUCAAUGGGUGGUCAAACCUCGAAUAAUAUAGUUAUGUCAUUGCAUCGUGAGAAUGUUAAGAUUUUAGGUACUUUACCAGAAAUGAUUGAUUCCGCAGAAAAUCGUUAUAAGUUUUCACGUAUGUUGGAUCAAAUUGGUGUCGAUCAACCUGCAUGGAAAGAAUUGACUUCUAUCAAUGAAGCUGAAGAAUUUGCUGACAAAGUUGGAUACCCAGUGUUAGUUCGUCCAUCUUAUGUUUUGUCUGGUGCAGCUAUGAAUACUGUUUAUUCUAAGGCAGAUUUGGCUUCUUACUUGAAUCAAGCAGUUGAAGUUUCUCGUGACUAUCCAGUUGUUUUAACCAAAUACAUUGAAAACGCUAAAGAAAUUGAAAUGGAUGCGGUUGCAAGAAACGGUGAAUUAGUGAUGCAUGUUGUCUCUGAACAUGUUGAAAAUGCCGGUGUUCAUUCUGGUGAUGCCACUUUAGUUGUUCCUCCUCAAGAUUUAGAUCCUAAGACUGUUGAAAGAAUUGUAGUUGCCACUGCUAAGAUUGGUAAAGCUUUGAAGAUUACUGGUCCUUACAAUAUUCAAUUUAUUGCGAAGGAUAAUGAAAUCAAGGUUAUUGAAUGCAACGUUCGUGCCUCUAGAUCAUUCCCAUUUAUCUCUAAGGUUGUUGGCGUUAAUUUGAUUGAAUUGGCUACUAAAGCUAUUAUGGGAUUGCCUAUCACUCCAUACCCAGUAAGUAAAUUACCAGAGGAUUAUGUCGCUAUUAAAGUUCCACAAUUCUCAUUCCCACGUUUAGCUGGUGCUGAUCCAGUUUUGGGUGUCGAAAUGGCCUCUACUGGUGAAGUUGCUUGUUUUGGCCAUUCCAAAUAUGAAGCAUACUUGAAAGCUUUGCUUGCAACAGGUUUCAAAUUACCAAAGAAAAACAUCUUGUUAUCCAUUGGUUCAUUCAAGGAAAAGCAAGAGUUAUUGCCAUGUGUUAAAAAAUUGUAUAAUAUGGGUUACAAACUUUUUGCUACUGCAGGUACUGCUGAUUUCAUAACUGAACAUAACAUUCCUGUCCAAUACUUAGAAGUAUUAAGUGAAGAUAAUGAAAAAUCAGAAUACUCUUUAACUCAACAUUUAGCAAAUAACAAGAUUGAUUUGUAUAUUAACUUACCAUCAGCUAACAGAUACCGUAGGCCAGCAUCUUAUGUAUCUAAAGGUUACAAGACACGUCGUAUGGCUGUUGAUUAUUCUGUUCCUUUAGUAACAAAUGUCAAAUGUGCCAAAUUGUUGAUUGAAGCUUUAUCUAGAAAUUUGAAGUUAGAAGUUUCGGAACGUGAUUCUCAAACUUCUCACAGAACAAUUAAUUUACCUGGUUUAGUUAAUAUUUCAUCAUUCGCCCCUAAUGUGUCUAAUGUUAUUAAGGGUGUUGAUGAGUUAAAAGAAUUAAGUCGUGUUUCUCUGGAGGCUGGUUUUAUUCACAACAUGUUUAUGGCAAGAGCAAUGAGAGGUCCAAUAAUUAGUGAUGUUCAUUCUUUAAGAGCAGCCUACUCGACGGCUAAUGGUUGCUCGUACACCAACUACUCAUUCACUGUAUCUGGUACCGCUUAUAAUUCUGAUACUGUAGCUGAAACUGCACCUGAUGUUACUUCUUUGUUUUUACCAUUCCAUGAAUUAGAGAAUAAAUUUUCCACUGUUUCUGAUCUAUUGAAAAAUUGGCCUGUCGAUAAGCCAGUGAUUGCUGAAGCAAAAACAUCUGAACUAGCUUCCAUUAUUUUAUUAGCAUCAUUACAGAAUAGAUCAAUUCAUAUUACAGGUGUUUCAAAUAAGGAAGAUUUAGCAUUGAUUAAGACAGUUAAAGAAAAGGAUACGAAAGUGACUUGUGAUGUUAACGUUUAUUCUUUAUUUGUUACUCAGAACGAUUAUCCUGAAGCUGUUUUCCUGCCAACAGUUGAAGAUCAAGAAUAUUUCUGGAACAAUUUAGAAUCGAUUGAUGCCUUCUCCGUUGGUUCUCUCCCAACUCAAUUGGCCACUGUUACGUCUAAUCCAGUUUCUACUGGUCUUGGUGUUAAAGAUACUCUUCCAUUAUUAUUAUCUGCUGUUGAUGCUGGUAAAUUAACCAUUGAAGAUAUUGUUUCAAAAUUACACGACAAUCCUAUUAGUAUAUUCCACUUACCUCUUCCAGAGGCAAUUGUUGAAGUUGAUAUGGACUAUCCAUUUAGACAUGUCAAAAGAUGGUCACCAUUCAACACCACAAAGUUAAAUGGUGGUAUUGAAAGAGUGGUGGUUGAUAAUGAAACGCUAGUGUUGAGCGGUGAAUUGGUGAAUGACACUACCAGAGGUAAUGUCAUCGUUUCUGCCGCAUCUGCCCCGGUUCCAGUUGUCGAACCAAUAGUUCCAAGAGGUUCUAUUUCGAAAAAGAGAUUCUCAUUUUCUGCUGAACGUCCAACUUUUAGUGACGAUGAAGAAGAAUUUGACCAACCACUAGAACAGAAGUUAAUGUCAUCUAGGCCACCAAAAGAAAUUGUUCCACCAGGAGCCAUCCAAAAUUUAAUCAGGGCAAAUAACCCAUUUAAAGGUAGAAACAUCUUAUCUAUCAAGCAAUUCAAACGUUCUGAUUUCCACGCCUUGUUUGCAGUUGCUCAAGAGAUGAGAGCAGCUGUUGAAAGAUAUGGUAUUUUGGAUAUAAUGAAGAGACAUAUCAUAACCACAAUCUUUUACGAACCUUCGACACGUACUUCCUCUUCAUUUAUUGCGGCUAUGGAACGUCUAGGUGGUAGAACUGUUAACAUUAAUCCAAAUGUUUCUUCAGUCAAAAAGGGUGAAACACUACAAGAUACCAUUAGAACGUUAGCUUCAUACUCGGAUGCGAUUGUUAUGCGUCACCCAGAUGAAAUGUCAGUACAUACAGCCGCUAAAUACUCGCCUGUUCCUAUCAUCAAUGGCGGUAACGGUUCUAGAGAACAUCCUACACAAGCAUUCCUAGACUUGUUCACGAUUCGUGAAGAAUUAGGUACUGUGAACGGUAUAACCGUCACUUUUAUGGGUGAUUUGAAAAAUGGUAGAACCAUCCAUUCUUUAUGUAGAUUAUUACAAUUUUAUCAACUUAGAAUUAACUUAGUUUCUCCAAACGAGUUGAGAUUACCAAACGCUUUACGUCAAGAAUUGGUUAAUAAAGGAAUGUUGGGAGUUGAAAGUGAAGAAUUGACUUCUGACAUUAUUUCUAAAUCUGACGUAUUAUACUGUACUAGAGUUCAAGAAGAAAGAUUUGAAAAUAGAGAUGAUUAUGAACGUUUGAAGGACACAUACAUUAUUGAUAAUAAGAUUCUAGCUCAUGCUAAACAAAACAUGGCAAUCAUGCAUCCUCUACCACGUGUAAAUGAAAUCAAAGAAGAAGUUGAUUACGACCAUCGUGCUGCUUAUUUCAGAGAAAUGAAAUACGGUUUGUAUGUUAGAAUGGCUUUGUUAGCUAUGGUUCUCGGUGUUGAUGAUCAUUGA